AGGAGGCCAUAUAUAAGGGACCGAGAUGAGCUCCCGAGCAGGAGCCUUCCCUGUGCCACCCGAGCGAUGCCGCCCCCCCUCGCCCUCCUCCUGGCGCUGCCGCUCGCCCUCGCCGCCGAGCCCCCCACCUGCGCCCCGCUCGUCCCGGUCACCUUCGACAACACCACCAUCCCUGGGCUCCUGGGACACUGGUUCUACAUCAUGGGUUCCUCCCGGUACCCGCCUCACCUGGCGGAGAUGAAGGCAUUGAAACACGCAGUUUUUUCCUUCUAUCCCGGCAGCCACAAGGACGAGCUCAAUGUCACCGAAAUCAUGAGAAUGAACGAGACGUGCGUGGCGAAGAACACCAGCAAGAUCCACGUUUUCUCGGAAAACUCCACUCUGGCACACGUUGAAGACAACGUGAUGUCCACGGCCAAACUGAUUCAAACUGACAAGGACCUGCUGAUCCUGAACCACUUCAACAGUGGCUUCCCGGGUCUGAGCCUCUCUGCGCGGACACCCAACGUGAGCAAGGAGCGCCUGGAGGAGUUCAGAGCCCAGCUGCACUGUCUGGGCUUCACCGAUGACGAGAUGUUCUUCACAUCCGAAAAGGACGCCUGUCCCCUGCCCUGGGAGAAGACAGGUGAAGGUGACACAGAGCCACACCUGGAGUGACCACAGUGGGCUGGAUCAGCCGCUCCAUCCUCAUCCUCCUCCAGCCCCACGCGAGGACAUUCCCACGUGCUGGCCCAAACCAGGCUUGGCUCAGCCUCAGGACUUUCUACCCAGGUUUCACUUCUUCCUCCUGGGUGAAACACACAGUUUCUCUGUUGUUGCCUGGAUGCAAAAUAAAGCUCGUGGCACCAUCA